CUCUGUCUUCAAUGUAUUGAAGAUGAGGUGGAAGAAUUGGAAAGCUGAGAUUUUCCCAACCAAGUCGCAGCACUGCUCCACCUCCACUCCGUCGGAUCCGUUGCACGGAAGUAGCAGAAGAAGACCAGAAUAAGUAUCCAUGAUAUGUUGUACUUAUCUUCUUGAUUGAUGAUGCCAACGCUACUUCAGUCUUUCAAUCUUGGCCGGUAACACUUACGGCUUACCCCAUUUCUUCUCUUUUAUGCUCAUGGCUGCAACUGUUUCUUUCUCCUUUUGCAUAAACCCUCCCCACCAUCAUCACCAACCUUUCUCCCUAUUCAAACCAUAUCACACACUGUCCACAUCGAUAUCACCUAAACCUGCUCACCCUCUUCUCCUCGUCCACAAAUUAGACACUUGUAAAUUCAGACCUUCGUUCUCAUCCUCCUCCUCCCAUUCUUCUUCUGAAUCCUCCUCUUCUCCUUCGCUUCCCCCUCCUGCAUCUUAUUCGGCUGAAUCAUAUCUCAACGACCUACAAAGAACAGGUCGAUUUCUAAUUAACGAUGAACUCAAGCAGCUCCAAGUCUUACAGAGCUUCCGAUAUUCCUAUGAACUUGAUACGGGGUCGUUGUCGGUUCGCGUCAUGGAUGCACAAGAGAUGGAUGCUACAGUUGGCUUGCUCUCGGAAUCAUUUGCAGAGUCCAUGGCGCUGCCUUUCCGCUAUGUCCGUCUAUUAGCAUUCUUGGUGAAGCAGUACAUGAUUGAACGAAGAGCUCUAAUGCCGCAUACAGCAACUCUAAUUGGAUAUUACAGAGGAGAGAGUGGUGAAGAGGAGCUGGUGGGUACAGUUGAGGUUUCUUUCAAUAAGAGGGGUGCCAAUGCUUCUCCUCCGACGCCUACUCCGCCCAAGGAUUCCCCGUAUAUAUGCAACAUGACUGUGAAGAAACCGCUUCGAAGGCGGGGCAUUGGGUGGCAUCUCCUGAAGGCAUGCGAGGAACUUAUAUCCCAGAUAACUUCUUCAAGAGAGGUGUACUUGCAUUGCAGAAUGAUUGAUACAGCUCCAUUCAACAUGUACACUAAAGCUGGUUACAAUAUUAUCAAGACAGAUAAUCUCUUGAUCCUCUUAACUUUGCAGCGACGUAAGCACUUGAUGUGCAAGAAGCUCCCAGUCACAAACACUCAAUCAGAACUUGGUAUUACGAGUUCUAAUGAGGAAUCUACUUCAUGAAAGGAUUAGCAGAAGAUAUGGCUUUCCUAUGGAUAACAAGGUGCAAGCUAUAACAUAACAGCCACAGGUUUUUCCUGGCAAAUUAUUUCUUGUUUUUCCCUAUGUGUCUUGAUUUAUGGAGCAACAUAUAAAAUCAACAAAAUUGUACAUUCUGUUGCUUAUAAGAAGAGCUUCAUUCUUUUUCUCUUUUUGUAUUUUUUUUAGCAUUUCCCCUUAGCUUCUAUUCUUACACCUCAGUCCAGUGGCUUCACUUGAUCCUAGAAGUUGGUCCAAUCAGCCGAUGCAUUUUACAAUCAAAGAAGUAUGGGCAGGUCCUGUUGAAUGUUUUUAGGGCAGGUGGUCAAUUGUAUGAAUCAGCAGUCCUGAACGUGCUGUCCCGUUUAUUCUCCCAUUUCAAUGAAUUAUAUUUGCAACCA